ACAGUGUCCGAGGAGCGUGCGCAGUGCACGCUGAGCCUUCUCGUUUCUGUUUUGCGUCUGUCUCCUCCGUUUGUCCUCCCUAGUUUUCCCGCAGGGUUCACCGUGAAUCUGAGGGUUCCUGGGUCUUCGACCUCAGGGUUGUAACUUUCUGCAGCCUCCAUCUCACCAUGUGGGUAAGAAGACUUUUCCAGCCUUCCUCUCUGCACUGGGCAUGGAGGACCACGGCCCUGAACCAUCCCCUGGGCAGGCAUCAGGGAGUCCUCCGCUGGUCACAUUCUGGAGGCCGAAGCUACAGAGCAGUCAUUUUUGACAUGGGCGGAGUUCUCGUGCCUUCUCCAGGGACAGUGGCUGAGGGCCAGGCAAGCUCGGCAUCAGCCCAACAAAGUGGAAAGCUCACUGAGUCCAUGGCUGAGCUGGCCUGGGAUUUUGCCACCAAAGAAGGGUUCCGGGUUUUCAAAGAGAUGCCAGCCACCAAAACACUGACCAGAUCCUACCAUGCCUGGGCGGGGCCGAGGUCCCCGAGGACUCCCACGGGUGUGAGGGGUCACAGCACUGUAGCAGCUGCUUCCCCUUCUCACGAGGCAAAGGGAGGCCUGGUCGUCUCUCCAGAGGGCCUGUCUCCUCCAGUCAGAAAGUUGUGUGAGCAGCUGAUGCAGUUUAUAGAACAGAAGGUGUACCCGCUGGAGCCAGAGCUGCAGAGACACCAGGCCUCGGCCGACAGGUGGAGCCCUUCCCCGCUGAUAGAAGACCUCAAGGUAAGCCAGCCUUUCAGGAUAUUUAAUUGCACUGUCCCUGAUAUGGGGACUAUGGAGAUCCUAGUGCGGUAUGGCACUAAGGAGCAGAAGGCCUGCUGGCUGGUGCCGCUGUUGGAAGGCAGGAUCCAUUCAUGCUUCGCCAUGACUGAUCGCAAGGUGGCCUCCUCAGAUGCCUCUAACAUCGAGGCUUCCAUCAAAGAGGAAGAUGGCUCCUAUGUCAUAAAUGGUCACAAGUGGUGGACCUCAGGCAUCCUGCAUCCGCACUGCAAACUCUGUGUGUUUAUGGGAAAAACAGACCCACAGGCCCCAAGGCACCAGCAACAAUCUAUGCUCUUGGUUCCCAUGGACUCUGCAGGAAUCACAGUCAUCCGGCCUCUGUCGGUGUUUGGUUUGGAGGAUCCUCCAGGUGGCCAUGCUGAAGUACGGUUCAAGGAUGUGCGUGUGCCCAAGGAAAACAUACUUCUGGGCCCGGGCAGAGCCCUUGAGAUCGCUCAGGGCAGGCUGGGGCGUGCCCGGAUUCAUAACUCCAUGAGGUUGAUUGGGUAUUCAGAGAGGGCCUUGGCACUCAUGAAGACACGGGCUGCAGCUUUAGAGAUGGCCAUGAUUAAAAUGGUCGUCCCUUCCAUGGCCAAUCAAGUAAUUGACCGUGCUAUUCAGGCCUUUGGAGCAGCGGGCCUCAGCAGUGACUACCCCCUGGCUCAGUUCUUUGGCUGGGCCCGAACCCUGCGCUUAGGUGAUGACCAGCUGAAGGUGGCUAAGAUGGAACUGAAGAAUCAGUCCAAGCUGCAGGAGCCAGCAGCGCCCAGAGUGUAGAUGCUGAGUUUGGCAUGGCCUACAAUGUGUGGUUCUUACAUCCUAUCCAGCAGCUCAGUCUGCGACAGUUACUGUGACCUGAGCCUCCUGGGAGUCUCUUCAAGAAGAUGUUUCUGGAGAGACUGAGUUCGAACAUGCUUUAGGCAUGGAGGAAGGAGAUUUGCGUGCAAGCCUGGGUAGCUGUUCUUGAAUUCUUCAGAUUUGACCUGUUACAGCAGCUGUAACAAUAAAAGUGACCCUUGCUGGGCAAAACUGCA